GAUAGACAUCUUUGACAAUACUUCUUCAAGAGAUAAAUACUCAUUGGUUAAACACUUUUGUGCAAAGAGAUAUAGUAAGCUAGAUACAUAAGACCUUUCGAUCUUCAUGGACACCAGACACUAUCUGGACCUCAUAAUGGUUUACUGGUCUGUUGCUCUGCUCCUGCCCCUGCUGGUGCAGUCUCGCCCUCGCAUCUAUCACGAGGGCCUGCCGAUCGACUGUGAAGAUGUCUUCAAAAACGGAUCGAUUCACGAUGGCGUCUACACCAUCUACCCUGUAGGAGAGGACUCACCUAUGGAGGUGUACUGUGACAUGGGUUGCAGUGAGAAUGAAAACCAUGAAGGGGGCCAUUGGACGGUGAUUCAGAGGAGAAUGGAUGGGAGUGUGAAUUUUGACAGAACCUAUGAUACGUAUAAGGAGGGCUUUGGAUACAAGGAUGGAGAGUACUGGCUGGGUCUGGAGAACAUGCACCUCCUCACACGGGGGCGGGGUUAUGCACUGAGAAUAGACUUGGAGGACUUUGCUGGGGCGAAAGUCUAUGCUCUGUACCCCAACUUCUUUGUAGAAUCAGCAUUGGAUGGGUAUAGACUCCGUCUCUUUGAUUUCACUAAUGGCGGCGCAGGUAAUUCUCUAGCAAAACACAAUGGAAGAUGGUUUUCUACCUUUGAUAAGGAUCAGGAUACCUGGCAUUGGGGGGGUCAAUGUGCAAAAGGUCACUCUAGGGGAGGAUUUUGGUUUCAUAGCUGCCUGGAUGCCAACCCAAACGGCCGGUACCAAUGGCGACACUACAAUGGUGACGGUACAAAUGGUGUGUAUUGGUCUACAUGGUCUCCGGCCUCACUGAAGGCCAUUACUAUGAAGGUUAAAAGAGUGUUUCUGGCUGAUGAAGGGUCUAGUUAAAGACGCCUAUUGAUUGUGUCCCUGUGUCAGUAUCAUUACAUGUUAUCAAUUUACACUUUAAAACAAACUAAUCAGAUGAGCAAUAAUCUUGAGAGCUAGACUUCAGAUAGUGAUUCUGCUUCAGAAUGGACCAAGACAUUAGAUGAUUGAAAAAUAUUGGGAUUGACUGAUUGAUUGGGAUUUUCAAAAAAACAAAUUUAAUAAAGUAUAUCUUUUGAUCCCGUGAGGGAAAUUAGGCAAAAUGACAUACUUUUAUCUGUAAUGCAGAUGGUGUUGGAGAAAACUGUUUUAUUAUUUUAUGUAUCAUUGUAUUAAGUGCUAUUGAAAACAUUGUAUCCUAUACCCCUGUAUUAUUGGUUUAGAGAAAGUUGCGUCGCCAAUCCUGUUCAGACCAGUUUUGUUGUUUUGUACCUCUUCUACAUUCAUAAAGAAUGUAUUUGCACCCCAGCUUUGAAAUGGCAAGCUACCUAAUAAGCAGAAGUGAGCGAGGGCAUGCAGCCAAAUAUUAAGACGCUAGAAGCAUGUUUAUCUCUCUGUAUAAAUACGGCAAAGACCCCACACUUUUUUGUCAGUCUCGCUGGGGAGUAUGACCCUACGCGUAGUAAAUAAAGAACACCUUGAUAUGGAAAUGAUGUUGUUUGUAGCAAAAUAUAUUUCUUUUACCUAACAGAUGGUUUUAUGAGUCAUGCUUUUAUUUCCUCAGUAUUUUCUGCCUUUGAGGUUGAGAAUAGGAUUUUGCAUGGAGAUGAAUCAUGUAGAUUAAUCAUUAGGUGUUUCAGAGUUAUUGCAUUCCUUGUUUUACUUUCUGAAUUUGAAAUAAAUCAGCAAAUGAAAA